UUUCGGACAGCAAUCGGAUCAAAUGUUCUGAACCCCUUGAUUUUCGACUGCGCUAGGACCAAGGAGGUAGCGAGGGGUUCGUCAUGUUACCGGACUUGAAGUUGCCCUCAGCCUCCUCCUCCAACUUCUGCGCCAGCCUCUUUGUAUUUAUCUCUUUGUUUAUCAGCUGCGUUAGUCCACCGAGAACUGAAGCGGCUGCAACUUAUAUGCGCCAUAUCUGCUUGGACGAGAUCACGACCCCCAACAGCACCUACCGAUCCAACCUCAAUCACCUCCUCGCUUAUCUCUCAUCAAACGCCACUCGCACCACCGGAUUCUACAACGCCACCGCCUCCUCCGGAACCUCCGAGGACACCGUUUACGGCAUAUUCCUCUGUCGCGGUGACCUCCCCGCCGAGGCCUGCCGUGACUGUGCUGCCGGCGCAACCAAAGACCUUGUCCAGCGCUGCCCCGAGGAGGAAGGGGCCGUCGGUUAUUACGAGGAAUGUAUGCUACGCUACUCAAGCCGGUAUAUUUUCUCCAGCAUGGCCCCUGACCCUAACGGUAUCACCUCGGGCAAUAAGAACAUUUCGGACGCAAUCCGGUUUAGUGAGCUACUGAGGACAUCAUUCAACGAGUUGGCAACCGGGAUUUCAGAUCUUGGGCUUGGGGCCAAGAAGUUUGGGACGAAGGAAGCGAGAUUCACAUCGUCACAAACUGUGUACACCCUUGUGCAGUGCACGCCGGAUCUGACCGGUUCCGACUGUAAUAGGUGUCUUCAGAUAGCGAUGUCGUAUUUGCCAGGUUGCUGUAGUGGAAAGGAAAGCGCCUCAGCUCUCUUUCCCAGCUGCACAGUUAGGUACAAUGUGCACCCGUUUUACCUGACUGUAAACACAUCGGGGGCAAGGCCUAAUCCACUUGUUCCUCCACCUCCUGGUAAAGUUAUAUUCUUUUCUUGCUCUUUUUUAGGGGAUAAAGAAAGGAAUCCGAAAAUACCGAAGGUACAUCGAAGCUCAUCGCUGACUAUUAUUAUCAUUGUUGCUUCAAUUUCCGUCUCUACGGCGGUAUUCCUUAUGGGCUACUGCUUCCUCCGUAAGAGAGCAAGAACAAAAUAUAACGCUAUGCAGGCGGAAAAUAGUAAAAAAAGUGGAACUACGGAUGAUAUUUCCACUCUAGAGUCCUUGCAAUUUAAUUUUGCUACGAUCGAAGCUGCAACAGAGGGGUUCUCAGUUAAUAACAAGUUGGGUGAAGGAGGUUUUGGUGCGGUGUACAAGGGUACGCUUACUAAUGGACAACAAAUUGCUGUGAAGAGGUUAUCGAAAAGAUCUAGUCAAGGGGGAGAUGAAUUUAAAAAUGAGGUUGUAUUAGUAGCCAAGCUUCAACACAGAAAUCUUGCAAGGCUAGUGGGAUUUUGCUUGGAAGGAGAGGAGAAGAUACUUGUAUAUGAAUUUGUUCCCAACAAAAGCCUUGACUAUUUUCUUUAUGACCCUGAAAGGCAAGGACAACUGGACUGGUCUAGACGUUACAAGAUUAUUGUAGGGAUUGCUCGAGGAAUUCUUUAUCUUCACGAAGAUUCUCGGCUUAGAAUCAUACAUCGUGAUCUUAAAGCCAGUAACAUUUUGCUAGAUGGGGAUAUGAAUCCUAAAAUUUCUGAUUUUGGCAUGGCGAAGAUUUUUGGAGUUGAUCAAACACAGGGAAAGACCCGUAGGAUUGCCGGCACAUUUGGUUACAUGUCUCCAGAAUAUGCUAUGCAUGGAAAAUUCUCUGUAAAAUCUGAUGUGUACAGUUUUGGAGUCUUAAUUCUAGAGAUUUUAAGUGGCAAGAAGAUCAGUUCUUUCUCUCAAUCAGAUGGUUCUGGACACCUUUUAAGCUAUGCUUGGAAACAUUGGUGGGACGGGACACCCUCGGAGUUUUUGGAUCCAUCCUUGGGAGAUUCGUACUCCAUAAAUGAAGUCAUUAGAUGUCUCCAUUUUGGAUUACUUUGUGUACAGGAUGACCCUGCCGACAGGCCAACAAUAGCAUCGGUAGUUCUAAUGCUAAACAGUUACUCUGUUGCUUUACCCUCGCCUAAACAACCAGCGUAUUGGCUUCAUAGUCGAACAGAGCAAAAACUGCCAUUAAAGGAGCCGGAGGCGGAUCAAUCCACAAGCAAAUCAAUGUCAUGCACUGUCAACGAUGUAUCUGUUACUGAACUGUACCCUCGAUAGUAUGAGCAGCAUGGGAUUCAGUAUAACCUGCAAUACUCAGUUGCUAAGGGCAGCUUGCCAGAAUAUCACUGGUUCUGCUAUGAGGGAAACUAGUGGACCGGAAAUUCCGAGGACUGAAACACUUACUAAAGUUGAUUCGGGCCGAUCUAUCAGCUUAGUACCGUUCUACCUAGAUAAGAGCGUAGGUACAUUACCAUCCUGCUCCGUGUAUGUUGAGCGAGUAAAAAAUGACUGCUUUUAAAUGUGUGCGCGCAUAUAUAAAUAAAUAAAAGUAUUGGUUUCUAUUGAUUGGA